GCGGCCGCUCGGCCGGGCGGAAGGGGGAGGUGGUUGCGGCGUGCCCCGAUGCCGCCUCGGUUGCUGAUUGGCUGCUGGGAGCGAGGUGGGGAGGUGCAGUCGGCGUUUCGGCAACAACCCGGAAGCGCUGAGGGGAGGCGGCGGGUGGCGGCGCCAGCACAGAGUUCGUCGGCCCGUGGCAGCUUUGAUGUGCGUGGCGAUGCCUGACCCCGCCAGCCUCCCGCCGGAGGAGCGAGUGCGACGGCUCAUCCAGAUGGGAAGCGCCGUGGAAGUGAACGAGGACGUCCCUCCGCGCCGCUACUACCGCUCCGGCGUGGAAAUCCUCCGCAUGGCCACCGUGUACUCGGAGGAAGGCAACAUCGAGCGGGCCUUUAUUCUGUACAACAAAUAUAUCACGCUCUUCAUUGAGAAGCUGCCGCAGCACCGUGAUUACAAAACUGCUGUCCUACCCGAAAAGAGGGAGACGAUGAAAAAACUGAAAGAAGUAGCCUUCCCCAGAGCUGAAGAGCUCAAGGAGGAGCUGUUAGCAUAGUCCUUGGCGUACCUCUUUAAGUACAAGGAGCAGAAGAAGGAGGAAGAAGAGGAAUUCGCACGCAACUUGGCUUUGCAGCAGCAGCUGGAAGAGGAGAGAAAUCGGGUAGCGCUGAUGAAGCAGCAGCAGGCAGAGCAAGAGCAAUUUAAUGCCUUCGAGGAGAUGAUUCGACGGCAGGAGCUGGAGAAGGAACGUCUAAGGAUAGUGCAGGAAUUUGGAAAGCCAGAGCCGAGCCCCGAGUCUCUGGAUGGACCCCUCAUCCCCGGCGUGGAAAAACCCCCGACUGAUUUAAUCCCAAAGGUUCCUGUCUCUCCAGUUCACCCUGCGAGUCCAUCAAUGGGGACCAUCUCGUCUAAACCUCCUGUCGUAGACAGAUCUUUGAAACCUGGUGCUUUGGGGAGCACAGAAAACAAUGCGAGUAUGGAUGUCCUUCGCCAGGUCAUCGUCCCCAGGGAGCUCUGCCACAAGUUCCUCCAGCUGGCUGAUGCCAACACAGUGCGGGGUGUGGAGACGUGCGGGAUCCUCUGCGGCAAGCUGAUGAGGAAUGAGUUCACGAUAACCCACGUCAUCAUCCCCAAGCAGCACGGAGGCCCCGAUUAUUGCAACACGGAGAACGAGGAGGAGCUCUUCAUGAUCCAGGACCAGCACGGCCUUGUGACGCUCGGCUGGAUCCACACUCACCCCACGCAGACAGCUUUCCUCUCCAGCGUCGACCUGCACACGCACUGCUCCUACCAGAUGAUGUUGCCAGAGUCCAUCGCUAUCGUGUGUUCUCCGAAAUAUCAGGAGACGGGGUUUUUCAAGCUGACGGAGCACGGCCUGGAGGAGAUCUCUUCCUGCCGGCAGAAAGGAUUCCAUCCGCACCCCAAAGACCCUCCUCUCUUCACCACCUGCAAUCACGUGUCAGUAGUCGAGAGAGACGUGGUCCUGAUGGAUCUCCGAUAGGCCUCCUGCCUUAACCAUUUACAGAAAUCCAUCUCCCUUCCUUCUAGGCCUAGGGAAAAGUGGUUUUUUUCCUCCUGUAGCAGAUGAUUUCUACCGUGUAGUGAUCCUUCCCCUUCCUUCUCCAGUAAUCGCGGUGAAAUCGGUGCCCUGAGCUCAUUGGGAGCCCGUGGAACCUCAGUGCCUGGUGUGGGGCUGGCGGAGCGGUGCUGAGAUUCAAGGUGUGGGGAAAAGUUAACUGGAAAUCUGAAGGCAGAAGCUAAUACUGAAGCGAUUAUUUAAUACUCUAAUCUACGGCUCAAACAGCUUCCUGAGGGUGGGUUCCCUGUGAUUUGCUGCACCCAUGAGGUGUGGAAACCUCUUCAAGUGCUUUCUAAAGUGAGACUUGCCCAAAUUUUUGCUUUGUUUUGCCUCUCUGGGUUGCUCUGGGCUUGGCACAGCUGCUGGAGCAGAUCAAUCUUUCCUCUAAUUUAAGAUUAAACCUUCCUAACCCCUCUCAUGCAAGAGCUUAUCUCCACUGAGCCGGAGCGAGUGCUGCUUGCUGGUUCUUGGGUCUUUGCCUGGUGAGGUACGAAAGAGCCCAGUUUCCUUUGGGAACCCCAAUUUCAGUGUUUCAGGGGAGACACUUUGCACAAGCGGCUCUGUUCUGGCAGCAAUCAGGGGCGUCUGGUUCUUUUAUUCCUUUUCCUGGAUGGGAAAUUCACUUUGCCUUGUUCCUGGUGUUACCAUGGAGGAGGCUCUCGGUCUCUUGACUGUUGCACAAAGGCGCUGCGAGGCCAUCGCCUCUCCGAGACACGACUCCAGCAGCUUUCACUGCUUUUAUCCCUAAAGUUCACCGCAUCCAAUUGCUGCUGAGCUUCUCCAAGCAGUGUGAACUCUGUCCUUGCCAAAACCGAGUGUCAUUUUCCUUCCUCUGCCGUCGCGUUGCCAGCGUUGGGACGGAAGAAGCAGAAAAGUGGAAGGCGGACGGCCUCAAAACACAACCCACAGCAUCUCCGCAUCCUCAUGGGGAUGCUCUGAUGAUCUGAACGUCACGGGGAAUAAGGCUGGAGUCGCCUUCCCACCCGGCACACGUACAUACGUGUUCUUUAUGUCGUGUCCGUGCGCGUACAGAAUAAUCUGGUGUACAGUUGAACACAGACGGGUUGUAUGAUCUCGG